AAACCCUGAAGAACCGAAUAAAGAGAACAAAAAAAUCGAAGAAAUUAAUAAUUCUGAUUUUAUUUCAUUUUUGGAAGAGAUUAAAUUGGACUAUCAAGGUGCUGAUCAACCUUUACAAAGUGCGCUAGAUAAGUUUAAGGAUUAUUAUAAUAUUGAGAACUUGUUAAGUCUUAUCAUAACAAAGGUUUAUAUUUUAUCCGUUAAAGUAUUAUAUUUAGCAAAUUUUUAUAUUCAAAGAAGUCUUCAAUCUAUAAAAUAA